AUGGUGCGUUCCAGGCUUACGUGCACUACCAACUCUUGGCGUGAAAAGCUUGGUCUUCCUCGCAAAGGCAAACCACUGGGAGGGAAAAUUCCUAUCACUUUGCAGAAGGAGCUCGAUAUGCUGAUGAUGGAAAUGUCUAUGGGGUCUUCCUCCGUGUCUGUCAGAAAAGAGAUGGUCACAGCAGAGGCCGUUGUGGCAUCAUCAGUGGUUUCUUGGGACAAGAUCAUCCAGAUGUCUGUGGAUGCAUGGCAGAACCUGGCCAAAUCCGUCUUCGAAUCAUCGUGGGUGGUGACUGGCUACUUCGAGCCAGAACACUUCCAGCAGUUUCAUGGGACGGCGGCUGUGCCAACGGCACAGGCAGCAAAGACAGUCUUGGACCCCACAGGGCUCCUGGCAGGCGGAAGCACUACCUUGAGUCCCACGCCGCAAUUUUGCACUCAAUUUGAGUGGCAGCUUCAGGACGAGUCUGGAGAUGGAUGGAACGCACUUCCAUAUGAAAUUGCUCAUGGUGUUGUUCGCACUCUAGCCGAGCAUGCGUACAACUUCAGGCUUGCGAAGAACGACUACAAGGCAAUCCUAGAAGGAGAUCCCGGAGCAACCUCGGUGAAAGCCAAGAAGCAGAAAGAGAUCCUGUCCAAGCUUGAGCGGACAGACCACUUUCUGGUGUUCAACCGUAGGACGGGGGAAUUGGCAACCACAGAGUGGGUGAAGAAAUACCUGACAGCAAACCCAGCGACAGGAAAACCGCAGAUGAAGAACGAGAAAAGUACCGCCAAGCCAUGGGUGAUGACUUUGCGCAUUGUCAUCAACCAAGCGCUUGUAGAAGUCUCUCUCAGACCCUAUGAGGCAGCAGAUUUUCGUGCCGUGAGGUGCUACGACAUCCAGAAUGGCCUUCCGCAGAAGCAGCUCACGACUAUCACGCAGGGGUACCAACAUCUCCACCUCCGACCAGGUGAUGAUGGUGAGGAAAGCGAGCAGGAAACUUGGACUCUUUGGGCAGGGGUAGACUUCUCAAAUGAUGAUGAUGGUGAAAGCCUUCCAGGAGAUGAGCAAGGCCUAGAAGGCAGAACGAUGGUGCAGGGGGAGCCUGAUCCAGCCCCAGCGCCCAAAGCAGGUUGUGAUAAGGAGCCUACUCUUCCUGGUGAACGUUAUCGGCCUGAACCAAACCAUUCCGCAGAGCCGGGCAUUCCUCCGUUGGAAGAGUGUAGUUUCAUGGUUUGCCAUGAUGAUGGCAAGUCCUCACCGGCUGAAGAGCCGGCAGAAUUCAGGUCCAGGCCUUCGUAUGUUCUUUUGCGAGAUGAGGGCCUUACGGAGCUCCCUCCCGUCAAAGGAGCCGGUAUUUACUACCACAAUUCGACAAGCCAGUGGCAUGCCAUUUUUGGGUGCGCCUCAGAAAAACAUAGAGCUCCCACUCAUGGUGAGAAUAUUCGGUCGGAGCGGAAAGCAAUUCUGCUCGCUCUGAUUGCCAUGUGGGAGUGGUAUUGCACUACUACGGAGAACAAAACACAUCACAAGUAUUUAGCAGUGUUGUCCAAGGCCUUGUCCGAGACCCCAUUUUGA